AUGGCAAUCACGGCGACUGAGAGCUCCUCUGGCAGCACCACCACUCCCGGCGACGACGCCAGUUCCGCCACAACCACCGCCACCACCACCACCCGCCUGGCAACCUUGCCUGAAGAGAUCCUCUCCAACGUGGCCUGCCGCCUUGAUUCCGAUGAUCUCCUCAACCUUCGCCUCACCUGCCGCGACAUCGAAGUCAAGACGCUGCACGAAUUCGCCACCCAGCAUAUCGGCACCAAGUGCUUCAUCUUCGCCACACAAAGCCUAGCAGCGCUGGUGGGUAUAGCUGGCAGCAUCAAGCUUCGCCACUUCCUUCGACAUGUCUACAUCUUGACUGGGCAUUUCCCGGAGAGCAGACAGGACUGCUGCUCAGCGCUGGACCCACGUCAAAAGCGAGCGUAUGCCUCGUACGCAGCAGAUCAGCGCGCCCUUCGUCACGAUCAAGACGGUGGCAAGAAGCUACUGGUCGAAGCCUUCAAGCAGCUGCCAUCGUUGCGAACACUUAUGCUCGUCGACCAUGCCAAGUUGCUUCCGGACGAUGUUCAAUGGCACGGCCUCAACAAGUUCCGUCGAAAGACUGGGAGCCACACCAUCUCAACAUGUCCGCCACCAGACGAUGUUUAUGGUGGUUUUAGCCGGGAGCUGAUUGAGAUCUACCACGAGUGGCUUUCACAUACUUUUCGGACCAUGAUCCUCGCUGUUGCUGACAGUGGCAUUACCACCAUCACCAAGAUUGGUAUCAAUUCGAUAUCGAAGGCCAGCGCUGGUCAAUAUGCACUCUCGCCACUCUUGGACCUGAACUUCUCGACUGCCACCAUCACGAAGCUGAUCAAGGCCUUUGCAAGUCUGGAAGAGGUGAAUUUACAGCUGCGGACUGUCAGCCUCCAGACGAAUACAGCCGAUAUUGCCCGCGCAGGACGUAGAGUUGUCAAAUUCACGCGUGCACUGCAAAACAUCACCAGACUGGAGCUUUCGUUCGAUGGUAGCGCACCGUCCGGCGACAUCUGCUGCUCUAUGUUGAGCGGCGUGCAGCUAAGCAGGCUGAGCUUCUUCCACCUGCAUGGCGUCGCCAUCGAGUGCCUCACGCUCGCAAAGGCUGUGUGCAACCUUACUUGCGCUCGGAUGGUUACAUUCGACACUGUCGAUCUCCGCGAUGGGUCCUGGGUGUCCAUUCUGACGGUACUACAAGCUCUCCCUCUACUUGAUCACCUGCACAUCUUCUAUGUGACCUCAGGUGGUCAGAAGACAUACUUCUUGGAACAACUUGAUCCAGCUUCAGCGAGCAUGGCUGAUCCCAUGUCUACCUACAUUUUUGGAGGUGAUCCAAUGGCUGACGCUGGAUACGAAGAUGGACAGUGGCAGGAUACUGAUGGCGAGAGCAGCAGCGACGGCGAGCCCCCAGAACUACUCCCAUUGGACCACACAGUCGAAGAAGAGUCUUGUGGCCCAGAUGGGGAGAACGAUGAGUCUUCCUCCUCACUCAUUGCUGAGCCGUCACUCAUGGCAGAAGACGAGCCCACGCCAAGUUGCAAACAUUACACUGGUCCGGAUUUCAAGAUACCAUGCGGUCACUCUCGAGAACGAGGAUACUUCAUUUGCCUCCAAGACGACGAGGUACAUGCUCAAAUCCCAAGGCUGAUAAAGGAGCACAACAUCGCAAGCGAAGACUCACUCCACGACAUGUUCGGAAUGUUCGGCGCAGGCGUCAAUAGUCCUGUGGGCGGUCUACUUGGUACCAUGCCGGUCGCUGCACCAGUUCCAGGGGCUGCAGCAAAUCAGAAUCUCGGCAUUCCUGCAGCUACGCAGGCCCUUCAGACUAAAUCAACCAACUGA